AUGGGUGCCUUCCUGGACAAGCCCAAAACAGAGAAGCACAACGCCCACGGAGAAGGGAAUGGUAUUCGCUAUGGGCUAAGCUCCAUGCAGGGAUGGCGAGUGGAAAUGGAAGAUGCUCACACAGCUGCACUGGGACUGCCUGCUCCCGGUCUUAUGAACUGGUCGUUUUUUGCGGUCUACGAUGGCCAUGCGGGCUCCAAAGUUGCCAAUUACUGCUCCAAGCACCUUCUGGAACACAUAAUCAGUGCCAGUUUUGGGGCCGGAGGGCAGCAGAGCUCACUGGCUGGUUCAGAGAGCGCUACUGAUGCCCCUACAGCAGAGGAUUCCCCCACAGUGGAAGCUGUAAAAGCAGGCAUCCGGACAGGCUUCCUGAGGAUUGACGAGCACAUGCGCAGCUUCUCCGACCUACGGAAUGGCAUGGACCGAAGUGGCUCCACAGCCGUGGGUGUCCUCUUGUCACCUGACCAUUUCUUUUUCAUGAACUGCGGCGACUCUCGAGCCGUUUUGUACCGAAACUCUCAAGUGUGCUUCUCGACGCAUGACCACAAGCCUUGCAACCCACGCGAGAGGGAACGUAUCCAGAACGCCGGCGGGUCCGUCAUGAUCCAACGGGUGAAUGGGUCAUUAGCCGUCUCCCGGGCCUUGGGGGACUACGACUACAAGUGCGUAGUUGGCAGGGGCCCCACAGAGCAGCUGGUGAGUCCGGAGCCCGAGGUUUAUGCAAUGGUUCGGACCCCCGAGCAGGAUCAGUUUGUGAUCCUCGCAUGUGAUGGAAUCUGGGAUGUCAUGUCUAACGAGGAGCUGUGCGAAUUUGUCAAAUCGAGGCUUGAGGUAUCUGAUGACCUGGAGAGAGUUUGCAAUGAAGUGGUGGACACCUGCCUUCACAAAGGGAGCCGGGAUAACAUGAGUGUUGUGUUAGUGUGUUUGCCCAACACCCCCAAAGUGUCUGAGGAAGCUGUGAGGAGAGAUGCAGAGCUGAACCAAUACUUGGAGUCUCGCGUGGAAGCGAUGCUGUCCCGGCCGGCCGACGAGGGCUUUCCAGAUCUGGUGACGGUGAUGAGGAACCUGGCCACUGACAGCGGCAUGCCAGCUCUACCACCAGGGGGAGGCCUUGCCAGCAAACAAAGCGUUAUUGAAGCAGUCUACAACAGCCUAAGUCCAUACAGAGAGGAAGAAGGGAGUGGCGCCGACUUGGAGUGUCACUGGUAG